GGAAGAGUCACGUCGAAAAACACAUCCACACAUUCUAACCCACUAGCAGCUGCUGACAUUUUUUUUGUUGUUUGUUUGUUUUCGAGGUUAAUUCAAAAACAUUUCCAGUGAAAAUAAAGCCGGAAGUCGCAAUGCGGCGCCUGGGCUCCGUUCAGCAGAAAAUCCCGUGUGUUUUUCUCACCGACGUGAAGGAAGAAGCGUCCAGAAAACGCGAGCAUCAGCAGUUUCAGGUUGUCGCGACUGAAACCGUGAACCCUGUGGCUCUAGAGGCUAACGUAGACUGCGCCUUCGCCACCGAAAAGCUGGAUGGCACCUGCUGCUACGUCGCUCUUUAUCAAGGUCAGCCUUACCUCUGGGCCAGGCUGGACAGGAAGCCCAACAAGCAGGCGGAGAAGAGAUUCAAGAGGCACCAACACACUCACAAAAGCUGUAAAGAUUUCUCCUGGAAUGUGGAGGAAGAUUUUAAAACGGUGCCCGAGUCGUGGAUUCCUGCUCACAGAGUCAAACAUAGCAACGGACAUCCCAUUCCUGACGAGCACGGACACAUCCCAGGCUGGGUCCCGGUGCAGAAGAGCAACAAGCAGUACUGCUGGCACUCCUCCGUGGUGGAUUACGAGCUCGGGGUGGCUCUGGUUCUGAAGCCCGGCUGCAACGACGACGACCUGCUGGAGAUCACAGCGCUCCCACUGGCAGACCUCCAGGACCAAACGCUGGAGCUAAUCGGAACCAACGUCAACGGAAACGCAUACGGACUGGGCAGUAAGAAGCAGCCCAUCCACUGCCUGGUUCCACAUGGCAGCAUUCCGGUCAGGAACCCUCCGCCUGUCAACUUCCAGCUGCUCCGCUCCUGGUUUCAGGAGAACUGUGAAGGUCGAGUGGAGGGCAUCGUGUGGCACUGCAACGACGGCACGCUGAUUAAGAUCCACCGGCAUCACCUGGGCUUGAGGUGGCCGGACGGUGAAACUCGCCUCGCCAGCAGACCCGCGGUGGUCCGCCUCGGGGGAGCGUCCGUAGCCUACAGCAGCAGCGAGGGCUUGUUGUCGUGGUUUUCCCCGCUGAACGGACAGCGCUUCAGUCGGCUUCAGGACGUGAAGUUCUAGCCGUAAACCGCCGAGACGACGAGGAUGACGCUCUCUAACAGAAAAACUAUCUUUGGGGAACAGAAUUAGCAGAAAGUCUUAAUAAAAAAAAGAAAAGAAAAGAAAAAGGUUUUCCAUGGACAAGGAGUCCACAUUCUGAAGGUGAAAUGUGAAGAUUCAACCAAACAGCGUUUUAGACUUAAAUAGAAAGACGGUUUGUAAAAGAAGUGCAUGACUUUAAUGUGUUAUUGUAAAUACUGUACAUACAGUCUUCUGUUGUGAUGAAUAAAAGGACAAUUCUGACCAUUCAAAA